UUCACCAUUCGGUCAGUCAACCGAUCACCCGCGAAAGUUGUGCACGUUCGUAAUUCAACGUUCAAAAUUAUUUACGAAAUAAAUUCUGUCUUUGCAAACAUUGCAUAGGAUAUUGAAUUUAGUCGGAAAGUCUAUUUUGUGCUACUUAGUAAAUUUAUUGCGUUAGUCAUCUUAUUUGAUGCAGAAUUUUUGUAUUAAAUUGCUGAAUUUGUGCAAGUAGUGUUUGUUGUGCAAAUAAUUACUUUCGCGCUUUCGAAAUUCGAAUUGCGUAGUCGUUAGUAUUCCCGGGUCGGUGCAGUUCAUUGGGAAAAUGAGUCUGAGUCGUUUGUGUCGCGUUGUGAAGUACGAUUUAGUGAAAGUUCAGUCAUCUAGUGCGUUGGUUUCGAAACUUUGGGGACCUUGUACUGUGAGGGAAGUGAGCACAUGUAAUACGCAGCGAGCAAGUGUUGCCCAACACAACUCGAAGCCGGACUGGAAUCGAGCAGUGAGUGAGGCGGAGAAGAUUGUCGGAUAUCCGACCUCCUUCCUGAGUCUGCGAUGGGUCCUGAGCGAUGAAAUUGCGAACGUAGCUUUACAUCUGCGCAAAUUGGUCGGGAGCAACCAUCCUUUGCUGAAGACAGCUAAGAACUUAAUCUACAAUGGCAAGAACAACAUGCAAGCGUGGGGGCUCAUCGUGCUUCUGGUUUCAAAAGCAGCCGGCCACAGCCCCGAGAUCCCAGACAUGGAGCAGGACAAAGCCGCUGGUGUCUUGCAUAGUCAACGAGCUCUUGCAGAAGUAACAGAGAUGAUCCGCACCUCUCACUUGGUGCACAAAGGGCUGGUCAACAUGAACUCCAGACAGCCUAUAGCGGCCGAACCUGAUGACAUGAUGUUCGGCAACAAGAUAGCCCUGCUCAGCGGAGAUUACCUGUUAGCUAACUCUUGUUCUGAGCUGGCGAAUUUGAGGAACCAAGAGCUGGUAGAACUGAUGUCUUCAGCAGUACGAGACCUGGCUGAAGCGGAGUUCCUCGGUGAACGUGAUGAGCAGAACAACCCAUUGCCGUCGAGACCACUGCCUAAGGAGCAGAUACAGGAAGCUUCAGAAUGGGACAUAAUAACAGACCCUCUCCCAAUGGGCGGAGUGAUCGGUUGCGCUGGCCGCGAGUGGUCAGCUCGUCACGUGUUGGCGGCAGGCGCUCUGCUGGGUAAGAGCUGCUCUGCUGCUCUGAAGCUGGCUGGACAUAACCAGGAGUUGCAGACGCAGGGCUACCUCUUCGGCUGUCACCUAGCACUCGCAUGGCAGGCAUUCCUGGACCUUGAAGCGUUCACAGGCCCCGAGCCCGCCAGCUUCUCGCUGGUGGGGGCACCGCUGGCUUUCACGCUGCAGGCGCGGCCUGAGCUGUACGAGUACAUUGAAGCUGGCAGGAAGAGCGUGCAUGAUGUUGAUUAUCAUGCUCUUUACGAAGCAGUGUUAUCAGGGCCGGGCAUCGAGGAGACGCUGCGCCUGCAGCGCUCGCACACGUCCCGCGCGGUGCGCGUGCUGGACAGCUUCCCCGCCUGCGACGCCCGCACCGCGCUCGCCAACAUCAUCGUCGCCAUGCAUCAUGAUCAUCUAUAGUGUCAGCCAUACACAUAGUGCUAUCCACAGCUAUACAAGCAGUAAUAGCACGGCAUAGAGAAGGAAUUCUUCACUUUUGUAGAUAUUUACCUCUCUAAGCUAACAUUCCGUUUCUAAUAUAUUGUGAUCUGAUGAUUUUUACCGCAUGCGGUGUCCAUCCUCUCCUGGCUAGCAUCAUUAUCACUAUGGAAAAUAAAUGUAGUGUCUUCUUUAUUUUUGUAGAUAUUUUUUGUAAGGACUGUCUCUCUGAGAGCUCACAUUCCGUUUCGAGAAGAUCGCUACAAGUUCAAUAUUUUCCCUAAGCUAUAUACUACUCUCUAUCAUCAUCGUCGUUAAGCAUCAUGCCCACUUCUAGUAUGAAUCAUGCCUUUAUUUACAUUUAUUUUGUGUUCCUUAAUUUUUGUACACAUUCCGUUGUCACAAGAAAAACAAUGUGUAAAUUCCCAUUAACUUCAACAUUAAAAUAAAUAGCGCGUUAACUUAAGUACAUUCCUCGAAAUGUUAGUGUAGUGAUCCGUUUCACAAGAAAAUGAAUCGAUAACCUUCAAGCAAGUCGCCAACCUAGAUAUUUUUUAUAAAAAUCUACGAAUAUACCAUUGCCUGUAUAAUUCCCAUUUAGUUUUUUAUAUAAAAAAGAAGGAAAUGAUCAUAAUGCUUAUUCUUUUUUAUAUAAGAUUCUUGAAUUGUGUAUACUGUUAUAAUUUAAUUAUAAUUGAAUUUUACAAAAGAUAGAGUUACCAUUUGACAACUCAAGGUAUAAAAGACAAAUUAUGAAAUUAGUUUUUAAGAGAAACAUGUGACAAGUACUUAAUGCUCCAAGUAAAUAUAUUUAGGAAAUAGUAAAGUUAGUCUGUUUAUAUUAUUAUACAUAUGUAGGUAUAUAAUAGGAGUAGUUGCUUUAAUUGUAUUAUAUUUUUGAACACUCCAAAAUAUACAGUUUUACAUUUGUUAGUACGAAUCUAGACUAAAGAUAUAAUUUUAAUAAAAAAAUAUUUUGUAUUAAAGUAUUAACAAAAUUGUCUGUAAUUACCAGGGUACUUAUGUAAUAUUUUGAUACAAAUAAAAAAUAUACAAUUUAUUAAACCAA